ACAAACUCAAUGAUGAUAAGUCGUCAGUAUUAAAUACUAAACUACCUAAUCGCUCUCAAAAGUAAAGUACCAAUUAUAAAAUUAUGUUGCUUUCGACAAGCAUAAUUUUGGACAUAUCUUUAAUUUUGACCACAACAUUAUUUGUGUUUUUGUUUUUCGCUUACUGGAGUUUGGGCUAUUGGUCCAGGAAAGGUCUUUAUGACAAUAAUCCAGUAUUCUUCUAUGGAAACGCUAAAAAAUUAUUAAGAAGACAACAAAAUAUAGGAGAAAUGUGGCGAGAUUUAUACAACAAUAUUAAAGCUAAAGGAUUGAAGCAUGGAGGAGGUUCGAUCAUGUUUGUGCAAGUCUAUGUACCAGUUGACUUAGAUUUAAUAAAACAAAUUAUGCAGCAAGACUUUCAACACUUUAAUAGUCACGGAGUUUAUUUUCAUGAGAAGGAAGAUCCUUUAAGUGCUCACUUAUUUGCUUUAUCUGGUUCAAAAUGGAGAAAUAUGAGGGUGAAAAUGACUCCAACGUUUACUUCUGGUAAAAUGAAGAUGAUGUUUAGCAGAUUUGUGGAAUGUGGAGAAGGUUUAAAGAAAUUAAUGGACAAAUACUCGUGCUCUGGCGAAGCUAUAGAUAUAAAAGAAAUACUUCAGCGAUUCACCAUUGACAUUAUAUCAUCCUGUGUAUUCGGUUUGGAAUGUAACACAAUGGAAAAUCCUGGAAACGAAUUUGCCACUAAAGGGAAAAGUAUUUUCAGACCAAGGACGUUCAAAGACUUUUUAAGGGCAGUGAUUCUGUUUAUUAUCCCACAUGAUCUUCUUCGUAAGAUCAAUUUGAGAAGUACGGAUUACGAAACCGAAAAGUACUUCCUUAAUGUGUUAAAAGAGAUCGUACAAUAUAGGGAGGAGAAUAAUGUAUACAGAAAUGAUUUUAUGCAUCUGAUGCUUCAACUAAAAAAUAGAGGCGAGGUGUCAGACGAUCGAAAAUUGAGGAGUGAAGGAAAAGCAACAGAAGGCAUGAUAACAUUUAACCAACUUGCAGCACAAGCAUUCGUGUUUUUUACUGCCGGAUUUGAAACAUCAUCUGCUACGAUGACUUUCGCUUUAUACGAAAUAGCUAUAGAUAAAACAUUGCAGAAAAAAAUGCGAAAGGAAAUCAGGACAGUACUUGAGAAACAUGGUGGAAAAUUGACUUAUGAAGCUAUCAAAGAGAUGGAACUUAUGGGCAGAGUUGUCGAAGAGACCUUAAGAAAAUACCCCGUAAUUGCAUUUAUACCCAGGGAAUGCACCAAAGACUAUCAAGUUCCCGGAACAAACGUCACAAUUAACAAAGGUACAAGUGUGGGCAUACCAGUAUUGGGUAUUCACCGUGACCCCGAAAUAUACCCUGAUCCUGAGAAAUUUGAUCCCGACCGAUUUUUGGAGAAAAACAAACGUUCACGACAUCCUUUCGCUUGGUUGCCGUUCGGAGAAGGUCCUCGAGCUUGUAUCGGUCUAAGGUUUGGAUUAAUGCAAACAAAGGUUGGCUUAGCUAGUAUCCUGACAAAUUACGACAUUAGCUUAAGUAAGAAGACCAAAGUCCCUAUAGAAUUUAAUCCGUCUGGUGGGCCAAUUUUAAAUGUGAAAGGUGAUGUUUGGAUCAAUAUCAGUAAACAUAUUGAUUGAUUUUUUAUAUACUAUGACAUAUGUAAUUAAUAGUGAAUUAAUAUAUAAGAUAUUUUUGUAUUUAACAACUUGUUUUAUUUAAUGUAUUUAUUUAUUAUGUGUAAUACCAGUU